AUGAUCUCUUCGCAGGAAAUCGGUGCAGCCGGCGCAUGCUUCCACAAGCCACUCGCCGAGUGUUUGGAUGUUGCCGUGAAUGAAGUCUUUCCCAACAUUAAGAAAACUCAGCUGAAAAUUCUUGAUGCUGGAGCUGGAACCGGGCCGAUAGGAAUCGAGCUUCUUAAACUUGGUUACACUGACAUCCACGCGUUAGAUAUCUCGCAAGAGAUGUUGAAUAUAGCUAAAGAAAAAGGCGUCCCAUAUAGGAGAUUUAUCUGUUGCCCCCUAACAGAAAAGAAGAUUGAUGAGCUUGAAACUGGAGAAUUUGAUGCUCUGAUUUCUGCUGGAACCCUGAUAAAGGCUAACGUUCGUCCUGAGGCUUUGGUGGAGAUGAUUAGAAUAGUGAAGACUGGUAAGCCUGGUUUAGUUUGGUUUAUUUUGUGCUUGUUUCUUUUUGAGGACGUGGCUGGGGCAAAUAGCCCGAAUCUCGCUCCCAUUUUACUUUGAAAUCCCAAAUCCCAUCCUUCAUACAAAGCAAUUCCCGGACCCCGAAAAACCUAUUGGGUUGCUCAACUACCCGUUCCUCGACAGUUGUCGAUAUUCCGGAUUCCAAACCUAGGAUUCGGGAUUCAACAAGCAAACACUUCCCGGCUCCGGAAUCCCGCGGAUUCCUUUACAUUCGGCGAUCUAUCCAGUGGAAAACGUAACUGAUUUCAAUAAUACAUAACCGCUGGAAAAUGAUUUAUCCAAAGGAUAGACUACGAGUAGUCCCCAUUUUUCCUCAGCGAUAGUAGAGCGAGCGAAACGCGACUGCGCGUGAAACACACCCCACCGCGACGUCUCGCCUUUCUCGCGUAGGUAAAUUUUCACGCGCGCUCGCGUUUUGUUCGCUCUAGUCUCUCUGAGGAAAAAUGGGGACUUCUCGUAGUCUAUCCAAAGGAUAGCGCUAUCUACAUUUGAAACAGGGGCCAGAUGGUUACAGUGAUUGCAUGCAUGGUACCCACUUGAUAGCUCAAUAGAUAUUUUUAUCGUUCAUAGGUGGACUCGUCUGCUUUUCGCUGCGUUACAAUGAAGUAGAUGACUACCAACCAAAGAUGACGGAGCUAGAGGAAGCUGGAAUAUGGGAAAAACUCUCCGGCAAGAAAAUCCCUUAUUAUAACAGGGAAGACAUGCCAAGUUACGGCUUUGGCUUCGUGUACAAAAUCUUGAAAAACUGAUUGUGUCACUUUUAUUUUAUCAUUAUUUUUUUGUACGUCUCGCUGGACCUUCGACCUUGUUAAAUAAAAUUAGUAUCAGGACACUGCUUCUCAUAAGGAAGUUAUUGUUUUUUAGUACGUUAUGGAACUGAAAUGCUCACUUUUUUUAUGUAGCUCCUCCCCUCUUCUUAACCCACACCGACAUUGUUAUUCCCACCAUUGAAGGUCACAUUGAAUAGAGGGGAGGCGGGGAGAAUGGGGGCUGAGGGUUUGGCUGGUAGACUGGGCAGUAAGCUAUUUUGCAGAUGUGUGCUCAAGUGCCCUGGCCUCUGAAUAAAAGUGAGGCUAGCGGUGACUUUGUUUUGUUACAAACCUUGCUGCUUUUCAUGUGCAAAUCGUGGUACUCUCUAGCCUGGGACCAGGCUCUGCGGUGGGGGAAAAGGUCCAAUAGGAAAAAAUAUAGGCGAGCGAAGCGAGCCUAGCGGUGGUCUAGGGAGGUGGUCUUUUCCCUCCAUAUAUAACCUCUUGGCUCGCUUCGCUCGCCUAUUUUUCCCCCUUUUUUCCUCAAUGCGGAGCAUGGUCCCAAGCUAGGUAUUUCUCAUGCAACAAGCCCGUGAACAUGAUCAUUUACAUAUAAACAACAAGAAUGUUUGUAACUAAACAAGGUCACCGCCAUCCUCGCUUCUAUUCAAAGGCCAAGGCACAGAGCACACAACUGUAAAAUUGAGAGAGUUUAAAAACGGUAACACACACUUCUCCAAAGUCAUGCUCCAAGAGUGACUUUCCAAUGGGUCAAAAUACCCAGCAACAACUUAAAAACAUGGUUUCCUUUGACCAUGGCAUUUACCGAAGGGCAGCAUUAUUCAAUUACGUGAGAAUUUUUUUUCAUGCCUUCCCAUAGGCUCGAUUUCCGCCGUCUCCCGGGUCCGGUCUUUGAUCCUCCCCGAAGAGAGAGCUCUUUCGGGGGAUGAGUGCUGGCUCAUUUUCCCGAACAGCGGCUGGUAAUCGAGCCUAGCCUUCCCAGUUCGUCAAUCUUCCCAAAUAUUUGGACGUGUUGGACCUCCUGACAUGUUCUUGUUAUUUUAUUAUUAUUUUUUUUUAUCACUGCGUCACUGUCGGCUUAAGAGUUCUUGCUAAAACAGAUUCAAGCACAAAAAAUUCUCCGCAAAAUCUUACUUAGCUUGUAAGUCUAGAUCUGCUACCCUCUUCUUGGGAAAUGCGUUGCGUGACAAGAGUGACGAGACACAAUGGUUGCGUUACCUAAACUUUUUAAGCAUUGUUCCCGUUAUAGUCCUGCUCUGCAUCUAAACUGAUUAGCAUACGGCAUUUGGACACUCUUUUAGGGCAAGUAAUCACAAAUUUAAUAUUUCAAAAACUCAGUUAUCAGAAGCAGCCUUGUGGUACAAUGCAUUGAAACGGCUAUUUCGACUCUCUCCUUUGCUAUUUUUAUUGGGAUACCCAGCAGGAGCCUCUGCAUGAGAUGAGGAGGGACGACUCCCCGGGGAGGGGGUACUCCCUCACAUAGCCUACUCGGGGAUGUACCACUGGACAGGGCAUGCUUUUUUACCUCUGUCUCCAACAAAGUAUAUAAUUUCCGUGUGAGUCUGUCCUAAACAGGGUAUAUAAUUUCGUGAGAGUCUGCUAAAAGGUAUGCCCUGGAAGAUUGAUUUGAUUUCCAAAAAUAAUUUCGAAUACAAAAGCAAUGACUAUAACGUGAAGUUUCGAGCGAGUAGCCCCCUCUCCCCCCCGUCCCUGGAGAGAAUUUGUAUUACGGAAAGAGCCUCACUUCCGGUUAACGUGCAUCGUCGAGAAACUUAGUUUCUGUACGCCAUAGCCUGUUCCAAGCGUUCAGAUAGUGGAGAGCGGUGCGAAGUAAAGAAAGCGAUGAAAAGUAGAGGGGGACCUCUCCUCCUCCCUCGCUUUUAUUUUUUCGCGCUCCUUUUUACUUCGCACCGCUCCCCACUAUCUGAACGCCUGGAACAGGCUAUGUACGCCAUCGAAUCAGUGUCUGACGGCUAGUGAGGAAGUGGAAGACCAAAAUACCCGAAAUAAACCUUCCAGUAUACCAAAUAGUAUACAAAUACUAGUGUAAAAUACAAAAAUCCUUUCACAUUCGUGGGUUAAAGAAACACUCGUAUUUUCCCCCAUACAAAUCUUCAGUAUUUCGAACGUUACGCAACAAUGCCCAUAAUCUUUGCACUUAAGGUUUUUUGUUGAGGACAACAGGUGAUGCAACAGAGUCCAGAGUUCAUUCCCUGACCGAGGAAGAGGACUGGAAACUGGUGACUACCCUCGUGGACAUCGCGUGAACGGUCCCUGAUAAUAUGUAUUCAGAGGGCAAAUGUUUCUGACAUUUUAAUUCAAGACGGCUGAUUGUCUCUGUAAAUCUCAGCUCCCUACUGAUCUGAAAGACGCAGAGGAGAAAAUAAAACUUAAAUCUAGAGAACUAAGAUUAUAUCGUUACAAUUUAGGUCUUCAUGAAUGCUGCACAAAGAAACAAGAGAAACAGUACGCACGUGCAGUGUUUUCACGGGUGCUUUUCCGUUGACAUGUAAAACUACUGUGACUGACAGUAAAAACACAGUGUAACUACUGUUGUUUAUUUAUUCCUGGUUGGCACAGAGCGAGGUAAGUACACGGUUAGCCUCUCCCGUUUUUUCUACGCUUUUUCCCGGGAGCCUGUCUAAAGAACAGUAUGUAUUUUACUAAAAACGUUUAUUCUGGUUGUAAAUAACUAUUAAACCAACGGUGUUGGGAAGGGGCAUUUCAUUCCCCUAUCAAAAGAUGGUGCGGGUGACUCGACAGACCGCAAGUUAAAUUUCCAUGGACUGCAGUGGAAAACAAAAAUAUUUUUCGGAAAUACAGCGUUUCAAGAGCCGCAGAACUAAAAAGAAUAUGAUCAGUCAUUUUUUUUCUGUGGCCUUAUUUAAGCAAUUGUAAUCUUGGUUAUAAAUUUGAAUUUUUAAUCUUUGUUUGAUUUUGACAGAAUGGUAAUGUAUUAUAUUGUGUUUGAAAGAAAGGGAAAUAAAACUUGAACCUUCUAGAUAUAAAAUAGAGACUUAUAUAUGUGUUCCAGCGAAUUUCGUCGCGCGCCUUGCCAGUUACACAUAUUUGCAAGAUAUAUCUUAACGCAAAUGUGGACGGCAAACUGCGAGUGUUGUAUGCACAGAACACGGGUUUAUAAAAGCAAGUAGUUCUUAAAUUAUAUAUCCCUAUUUCAAUUUUUAUAACCCGCUUUUAAAUAAACUCCCCUAUCGUUGAGUUUCUCAACAAAUAAGUUCUAUUUCUUUAAGAAACGUAAGUGCUGUUGCAAAUGACGGGAAAAUAAUGUUACUCGAGUGAUAUGAAACCUUCUUCAACUACCUAUCGGUCAAAGAACGAAGUCUCCGUUUCAGAAACACGCGACUCGUUUCGCUUUCCAUUAGAUCUCCGAGUGAGAAAAAAAUUCUAGCCUCGACUGGCACAUUUUGUUCUUGCAACCAGCACAGAUUUUUACCUCCCCGCGCGCUGCAGCCGAAUCUCGGUACAAUUUCGCUCUUCAUUGAAUCAUCUGUAGGUCUUGAAUUGUUCAAAGGCAAACCGAGUGGCCUUACUUCAAAUCUCACGAUAAGUUUAAUUGCCUUAGUAAAAGGUCAGUUCGAGGUUUUAAUCAAAGAUUACGAUAAUUCCGGGCCUAAUCAUUUGCCUAGGGGACAGAAGACGAAAAAGCGAAAACACAAAAUUUUCAAAAUUUCGGAAAUUUGCCCAGAAUUUGUUCGCUUUUAAGAAUUAAUUCACUUCACUUUUACAAAAAUUUCAUGAAGAUUUACAAAUGACCAGCAACAAAUGUGUCAUUUUCAGAGGGUGCAGAGAUCGUCCGUGCGGUAUUUUAAAUAAUUGACCCUUGGCCAAUAAAUUCUCUAUGGCGGUUUGUUAAAUCCAAGAUUGGACCUUGGUCUCAGACUUUUGGUUCAAAGAAAACUCAGUGCUUUUUAUAAACAAUCAGUUUUCGGAUGCCUUGUCGAACGUAACGGAUAGAAUUAACCUUGGCCCUUAUAAAGUACUGCCACCGACUGGGCUCGAUUUACCAAGAUGUGCCCUAGGUUUUUUAAGAUAUAUUGAGCCAUUUUGGAAGUCGUUCAUCUGAAGUGGGCCUUCGAUGAAAUGUUAAAUUACCAUAAAUAUUUCAUUAUCAUAAUUGUUGUUUAUGUUGAAAGAAGUGUACAGAUAAACCAAUUGCAAUACUAUGGUUUCCCGAGCUUGAAGUGCAUUGCCUUUGGAAUAGGCGACGAGAUCUGUCGUUUUUGGUUUGAGUAGUGCCACGAAAUCACGCUUAAUUCAGCGACUGACUAGGACCUAGCAAGCAGAUCGAGCAAAGUUGUAUAAAUAACUGCUUAAAACAUUAAUCGAGGGUUUCAAUAACACAGCAAAUACACAAGCAGCCAUGGAUGAGCAAAACUAAAUAAGAUUGAAACGGAUUGCAAUUGGGGUUUUGAAAACUACCGAUCCUUGAAGUUUUCGAACUUUCAGAAGUUUGAUAUCUGCGGUUUGUAUCAAAAAUAAAAACAGUCAAGCGAAGUAUAACGCUCAUGGCAAUUUCUUCGAUGAAUGCUAAGUACCAUUGUAAGGACGAUUAGUUGGGGGGAAACGCAAACCAACAAAAAAUAAAUUAAACGAAUCGAAGUAGACUGGGCUCCAUUAAACAGCUGCUUUAUGUAAAAGGUAAGUGAAGGAAAUGACUUCCUUUUGAUUAUAAACAUGCAUAGUCUAUAUAAAACUGCGGAGGCGUUUUUGCAACUUGAGGAUAAUCUGAUGAAACAUUUUCCAUGACCUCACUAUACACAAAUUUUAUCAUUCAAAAUCCGAAAAUCCCCAUGGAUUUUAUUUCAAUCUAGUUUCUAACAUGAACGGAAUCGGGCUUUGACAUUCCUUGAAAUUGAUGCAAAAUGAGUCCUGCAAAACGCAUAAAUGUUUCUUUUCUUUUUUCUUAAUUUCUUUCAUUUUCUUUUUCCCACAAUAUCUUCCGGCAGCGUCUUUCACAAUUUCACCGAAUUCUUGUCUGAUAACGUGACUGGCAUAAAAGCAAUUUUUUUCAUUCAAAAUACUUCUUCGUUUAUCAUGAACUAUUUCCUUUACGAUCAAGCAAGCUCUUCUCUGUAUAAGAUCACGGAAUUACGACAUCACCCUGCGAGGCACUUGAAUAGAUGCUAUAUUUAGUUAAGCUUUUUUUGAACACCAAGUGCCAAAUCACUAUUAUACAGACGUUUCGGAUUUAGCCUUCAGCCAGUGGAAAAUUCAAGUUGUGUUCGUCGUAAAGCCGGUAUGCGACAUGAUACAAAGGAAAUCCGAGCAUGCGUGAGCAAUGUAAACCGGUAGUCAGAAUUCAAGCCGAGCGGUUGACUGGUUUCCAGGCUGUAUAAGUUUUUCGGUUAGUCGGGACGUAACUGACAGAAAAUCAAACAAAAUCGGCAAACAUUAGACAAAAGGCCUGUUGUACUUUACAUCUGGCUUUUAGAACAUAUUUAACCCCCCACCCUGCGCCCCCCUUCCCCCCCCAAAAAGAACUAGGGGCAAAUAGCACUACGGUAGUUUAAAAAUUUCAUUCGGCCAAUUUUUUUUUUCGAGCAAAGUAUCGUUUACGGUCAAGUUCCAAAACUGACUACCCUCCGAAAGUAUCAAUACAUAAGCCUGAUAAUUGAUGUUAAAUGUCAAAAUGUCAAAAACGAGAAAUGUAAGGAAAGCUCCAAAGCUUAUGUUAGAUUUUUUAGCCCGGAGCUUGUAAAGCGGCAGUUUACGGCCUGGCAAACACUGUAGAUGAUGUAACGGUAACCUGACCUUAAAAAUGCGGACGAUGGUUUGAAUAAAGUUUUAACUUACUUUGCAUCUUUUACGGGGAAAUUGUUAUCAUUGUUUUUUUUUUUUGUCCCUAUGUAAACAAUUAAUUUGUACUCGGAUAUCCAGCGUCCCCGGCCUAACCUUUACAUAAUUCGCCAGGAUCUUUUUCUAAUUACAUUUGUAGUGGCUUUAUUUGAUCAUAUUUCACACGUUGUCUAUAAAGUAAGGUUUCUGACCCGGAGCUAAGAGACUAAAGAACCUUUAAAGAGUAUCAACCUCUUGAAAAUAGAGCCGAUAACUCUCGAAACUUGAUCUUCCGAUCGACCGAGGAACUCGUGCCCAGUUCCCGCUCUCAGAGAUAAACUAAAAUGGCAUCGGCCUCGUUGUUAGUAGGAGCCGCGAACAGGAGCGAUUUUAAACACGUAAAAACCGAAGGCCGGAAGAUAAUGCAACAAAGCUCGUUUACACUAUAGUUAAAAGUAUUAAUAGAGAUUUGAGAGACGGAACUGGGUGUGAUUACCAAAAAAAAGGAGUAUAUAGAUUAGUAUUUUGCACUAUAAUUUUUUGUUGAGGAAAACACUCGCGGGACCGACAACAGUAAAUAUUUCUUGUUAAAGUAAUUUUACAAAAGCGUUGUUUAAAAAAGUGAGCACAAAUUUAAAAAUGGGCAUGGUCUGGGCAUUUUUACGUAGGAUUAAAUAAUAAAUAAAUAAGAAUGUCGUGUUAAGUCAUGCAUAUGGCCUAGUUCCUAGCGGGCAAUAUUCCGAUUUUUUUAUCAUUCCGGUAUUCACAGCCUAGCGUCACGGUAGGCUAUGAAUGAAAGGAAUACCCAUGGGAGAAUUUUCCCCAAGUUUUCGAACCAAGAUGCACUUGACGCUCUACAAUGUGAAGGUACUCACAAAAUGGCCUUUCAGUGAACAGCAAGAAAGAGACAUGAAUUUAUUCUUCAUAGGGUCGGCAAACGAUUAAGAAUAUAUUUUUAGCCUUUUUUUUUCCCGAAUAAAAUUGACUGUAAAUCCUGAAAGAUUUCUUAUUGGUUUAGCUCAGUACUAUCCUAUUGGUUUUGACUGACUGAAUCCAAAGGGAUUUAAAAACACAAAACCGGCUUUUAUGCAUGUAGCAGACAAAUGCUUAUUCGUCGAGGUUGCAGUUCUUCACCGAGGAAGCAAGCAAUGUAAAUACGAGGAACGAAGUUUUGUUUAUUCUUAGGGAGAUUUCUAUCGAUGAAAACACGGCUAUUGUACCUCGCAGGAGACACUGAAAUCAAGCGAAUGUCCUCUUUUCGCCACACAAUUAAAACAAUAAAGCAGGAUGGCCUCAAACUUGAACCCAGACGCACAGUUCUCGAAAUUUGUCUCAUUCCUUUUUUAACCAAAAAAUAAAUAAAUAAAUAACGAUAACGUUUGACAAAGUAUUGUCGACUCUUUUUAAAAUGGGCGUGUCCGCCUGCCAUUUGUUAGAUGGUCACCAUGCGAACCAAUCAUGGGAUUUCUCACUUCGUACACCAGUUUACCUAUCCAAUACCCAACGUCAUAUUUGCAGGAACGGAGGAGCAAAUUUGACUGUCUUGUUAACGAAAUGCUGUACAUCAAACAAUUAAGACCGCGCUUGAACAUGCACUUACAGAUUCAAUCCUUGCGAAAGUCUACUUUGUCUAGCUCUACAUCAUUUAUGCAAAUUUACUGCAUAGACUCUUCUCUUUCCCCUUAUUUAGUUAAUCCCAAUUUCUUGUUAGCGGCGUCAUCUCGUCAGUUUUUACAUGUUUAUGAUUCUCUAAAUCAUUAUUAAUAACGUGAUACUUUUUUUCUUAGUUUUCAGAAUGGCGAUCCGCACCUACGAAGCAUCCUACAAGAAGUACUUUCCAGAUACCUACGAAAAGAUCGGUAAAGAUUCUACACAUGAUGAAGUUCGGCAACUUUACGACGAGUGGGCAGUCAAAUAUGACGAGGUACGUACAGCUUAUUAAUCCAGCUGAGUGUCACUGGCUAAAGUGUCUCCUCGCUACGGUCAUAACCAAGAAAUACGUUGAGUGUUUACCCGGCCGUCAACUGCCGCUUGUAAUCUCCGGGCUAAAACAUCUUCGUAAAGCGUUUUAGAAGGUCUUAUAAACGGAGGGGAUUAUGUCCGGCGGGGCAACUUGUCAGAUUGCAGAUUUUAUUAUUUUAUGUUAUUAUGAUGACUCCAAAGUCCUCUUUCACACGUAUCCGGUUUUUUUUUUAAACGAGGAUUGGUCUUUCAGUUUUUGUGGAGUAUGGUUUUGUCUGACUGGGCAGAAUCAGGGAGGGGAGGGAGGAGACCGUAUGCUGGCUUCCCCCAUUUCUCUCCACAAAGCUUUAUUCAGAACACAAACUAAUUUGCUUUCCAUUCAUUUGAUCUCUUCAGCAAAUUGGUGCAGCUGGUGCGGCGUUCCACAAGCCACUCUCUGACUACAUGAACAGUUUUGUGAAGGAAAGUUUUCCCAACACACCUAAAGAUCAGCUGAAAAUCCUCGAUGCUGGAGCUGGAACUGGGCCAAUAGGGAUCGAACUUGAUAAACUCGGUUACACUUGCGUCCACGCGCUUGAUAUCUCGGAAGAAAUGCUGAAUGUAGCGAGACAGAAAGGCGUGCCAUACAAGAGGUUUAUCUGCACAGCUCUGACGGAGAAGAGGGUAUGCGAAGUUGAAACAGGAGAAUUCGACAUUGUGAUUGCCGCUGGUGCUUUGAUAAUGGCAAACGUGCGACCAGAAGCUUUAGUGGAGAUAGUACGAAUGGUGAAGAAAGGUGAGUUGGUUUUUCUGUCUUUGAGUGAGGGAGAGUUAGAUCUAAGGAGACGCGCUUUUCGAAACCUUCGCUUUUGCUGUGAUAAAAACGUUCCAAUGCUCCACCGCACAUUCUGCUACGUAUUUCUAAGGCAUACCUGGCUCCCGAGUGAAGUGGAAAGGGGACAUGGGUGACUUCCGCAUGUAAAGUAUGGUGAUGUGUUUGAGCUCCCCUCCCCCCCCCCUCACCCACCCUUGAUCAUUGAAAAGGACUAUAUUGCAAUAGGUACCAAAUACCACCAUUUACACCACUAAUCGAGACAACAACCAUUCCUGCCUCUUUCUUAUGGAAGAUCCCCCCGGAUAUGAUGACGCAUUCUCAGCAGUGGUCCGUGUACACUGGCGCAGUAGUCCUCUCUUUUCAAAAGCUCCGAAAGCCCUGUUUUAUAUCUGUUUACUGCAGAUUCUUGUUCAGUAGUCUAAGAUGGGUAGAGAAUUUUGGUACUUCGAGUCUAUGAUAAGGCAGCAAAAUUUCAGUCUAACGUGUUUUGUUUAAGCUAAGGGUUUUAGGGUGGCGCACCAAAAAAUAUCUUGGUUGCCCCCAUGGCUUUGUAGUCAUAAGACCCAUGCAACACGGACAAUCUACUACCUUGUCCCCAGGCUUUUCCCUUAACAACAAAUAAAAAAAAUGGGACAGCUGCCCCUCCAUUUUCUUGAACAAAGUACGAAACGGUUUAGACGGGAAAUAAAUAGUUUUCAGCUUUACACCGUUUGAGUUUUACUGAGCAAAAAUAGUUUUUUUACAGUUACAAACCCCUAGCUAUAGAUUCACUUAGCUCAACGCAGGUUUUAUUUCUUUUAUCGUACAUAGGUGGUCUCGUCUGCUUUUCGCUCCGGUACAAUGAAGUAGAUCACUAUGAACCAAAGAUGACGGAGCUAGAAAAAGAAGGAAUAUGGGAAAAACUUGGCAGCAAGAAAAUCCCCUACUUUAAUCAGGAGGAUAUGCCCAGUUAUGCCUAUGGAUUUACGUACAAAGUUUUGAAGAAAUGAACUAUAACGUGAAGUAACUGUGGGGUCAAUAUACGGCUUAAUUUCAAGCAUUGUAACCUAAGAAUAGGCUAGGCUGGCAGUCACUUUCUUUUGAAAGAAACUUCAGUUCCGUUCAAAUGUAUAAGAACAUAAUUUAGAGUUUGAAAGCACUGAGGUUUCCGUCAAAACCAGGCCACCUCUUGCCUCCUAACACGUCCAUUCAAGGCUAGUUUACUCAGUAGAAAACCUU